AUGGGCGACAUCUCUCCAGCCUUAUCUGAAUAUUCACUUAUCUCGGAACCAUCUCCAUAUACUGACUAUUCAACAUCUUUCGUCAAUUCCAGCUUUCUCCCCUUUUCAGGAGCCCCUUCGAGCCCCAGAUCUUUCAAUUCUCUAUUUUCCUUUGUUUUUCCUGACACGUCUCCCUCUUGUUCGAAGACAUCUCAGUCCCCGACAAAUUCAGUUUUUCCAACAUGUUCUAAAACCACACUCGUUCCCAUGGAAAACUCCUUCCGAAAGUGUGUAAUAUGCAAACGUCCAGCAUUCAGUCACAAUUAUGGUGUCCUUUCCUGUGACGCUUGUAAAAUGUUUUUUCGACGCGUCGUGACCCUCAAUCGAGAUUACCAGUGCAAGAAGGGUGGGGCAUGUACACCGAAGGAAAAAACAACAACUUGCAAAGGAUGCCGAUUUAAAUUGUGCCAAGAUUCGGGAAUGACUUUUCAACCCAAUUUUAUGGAUUUGAAGGACACGGAUCAAAAAAUUGAUGUGACUAACAUUCUUGGAGUACUGUUGUUUUUGGAUGCCAGGAGAAGUAAACAAAUGAAAACACAGUUCACAGAUGAGAAUUUCUCAUUGGUUCAGGUCUUGGAGAAUAGAAGAAUGAAAUUGAAGGCAAGGAGAGUUCAAAACUUGACUAGCCAUGACUGGUCCUUUUUUGGGAUUUACACCUCUAUCGAAUUUUUCAUGUCGUUAGAUUUUAUGGCAGAUGAGCGUUUGCAAACAAAAGAUAAGAAAAUUCUUAUAAGCAGUUUCUGCGUCAAAGCAUCGUUAUUUGCCAGUGCUAUGAGAGCAGUGAAGGAGAAGCGAGAUAAGCUGAUGACUGUUGACGGGAAGGAUGUUUAUCCGGAUGAAAUUAUGAAAUUCAAACAAUUUUCUCUGGAAUUCCUGAAACGAAUUAGAAGUCUUCUAGUUGCAAAAAUGAUUGAACUGAGAUUGACAAAUGAAGAAUUUGUUUUGUGCAAUGUGAUACUUUUCUGCAACCCAGCGCUUCUGAUAACCGGAACAGAUCAAGAUGUGAUUGUCGACAACAGAAUGCGUAUACAUCAGCUCUUCUGGAAUACUGUAACCUGGCAUACGGGAAAAAUGGACCAUCAAGGUUCACGGAUCUUUUAUCCUUAUUCCACGUCAUCAACAAAAAUUUUGAAGAUGUGCAGGCAAUGA